AUGGCUGCCAAUACGGAAUGGGUUGGGAGUCCUAGCCCACCCGAGCUGUCAACAACAGCCCCGUCGACGACCUCCGACUCCUUUGUGGAGCCUAGCGUCAUGAAGAUUGGUUACUUUGGCAAUGAAUUCCCCCAUGACGACCUGAAAGACCUCUUCCGUCGUCUUUGGAAUCAUAGCAAAGACAGACAGCAUCGGUUGCUGGCCGCAUUCAUCCAUGAGGCGACCUUGGCCGUUCGAGAAGAAGUCCGGCUACUGCCAUCGGCACUGAGAGCCUUGGUCCCCCCGUUUGAGACCAUUCUUAACCUCGCCGACCAUCCCGAGCUGCGAAGCGGGCCUUUAGGAGGUGCUGUCGAUGGGUUGCUUCUCUGUGCAGUCCAGCUGGCGGCAUUUAUCGGCUACCAUGAAGAUGAUGCCAGGGACGGAUUCACCUUCGGCAACUCGGAUGCUUGCCUCACUGGCAUCGGCACGGGCCUGUUGUCAGCGGCUGCCGUGUCGUUAUCCGAGACGCUAGCGGACGUGCCGCUGGUUGGUGCCGAGGCGGUCCGCACCGCCUUCCGACUUGGCGUUCUCGUUGACGAAGUCUCGCGGACCUUGCAGCCUCGCGCAGCCGACGGUGGGCGCGGUGAUAGCUGGGCAUACGUGGUGCCAGACACUGCGGCCGCAGAGAUUCAACGCGAGCUUGAUGCCGUACACAGGGCCGAGAACAUUUCCGAGCCAAACAAGAUAUUCAUCAGCGCCAUCGGCCGCAGCUCGGUGACCAUCAGCGGUCCGCCGGCACGACUAAAGCACCUCUUCCACGUAUCCGACUUUUUCCGCGACAGGACGCAUGUCGCUUUGCCCGUGUACGGGGGUCUCUGCCAUGCCAAACACGUCUACAACGAGGAGCAUGUCGAGAGGAUUGUCCAGACCAGCCUGCUUGAUGCGCUCUUCAAGGUGCGGGUGCCCGUCUUCCCGACCGGCAGCUCAAGACCGUUCUCGGGCAAGACCGCCACCGGCCUGUUCCGCAAUAUCGUGAGGGAACUUCUUACCCAGACCAUCCAGUGGGACAUGGUUAUCCACGGCGUGAAACAACACGCCAAGGACAUGGCAGCGUCCGAGUACCUGGUCUUCACGAUCCGCACUUCCUUGCCGGGCCGCGAGCUCGUCGACGCCUUGAAUGCUGACUCGCCUGGGUCGGUAGCGAAAGUCAAGGACCUUGUGCCGUGGAUUACCAAGCCAGAAACCGUCCCGCGAGGCCCGAGGGGCACCCAGCAGGCCAAGAUUGCCGUCGUGGGCAUGGCCUGCCGCAUGCCUGGAGGCGCAACCGACACGGAGAAGUUCUGGAACAUACUGAGCCAAGGCCUCGACGUGCACAGGAAGAUCCCAGCUGACCGCUUUGACGUUGAGACGCACAGUGAUCCGACAGGCAAGCGGAUGAACACGAGCAUCACUCCGUACGGCUGCUUUAUCGAUGAGCCCGGUCUCUUCGAUGCGCCCUUCUUCAAUAUGUCUCCGCGGGAGGCACUGCAGACGGACCCCAUGCAGAGGCUGGCCAUUGUGACUGCGUACGAGGCGCUUGAGCGGGCUGGUUACGUUGCGAACCGUACGCCUGCUGUAGACCUCCACCGGAUCGGCACCUUUUAUGCUCAGGCUAGCGACGACUACCGCGAGGUCAACACAGCCCAGGAGAUUGGGACGUACUUUAUCACGGGAGGGUGCCGUGCCUUUGGGCCCGGGCGCAUCAACUACUUCUUCAAGUUCUCUGGUCCGAGCUACAGCAUCGAUACAGCGUGCUCGUCAGGCCUGGCCACAAUACAUAUUGCAUGCAACUCGCUUUGGAACGGCGACAUAGAUAUGGCAGUGGCGGGUGGCAUGAACGUGCUCACCAACUCGGACGCCUUCGCUGGACUGGGCCAGGGCCAUUUCCUGUCCAAGACGCCCAACGCCUGCAAGACAUGGGACUGCGAGGCUGACGGAUAUUGUCGUGCCGACGGCGUGGCCUCGGUGGUUCUGAAACGACUGGAAGAUGCCGAAGCAGACAACGACAACAUCCUCGGCGUCAUCCUCGCCGCGGGGACGAACCACUCGGCCGAGGCCGUAUCCAUCACCCACCCGCACGCAGGCCACCAAGCAGAUUUGACAAGGCAGAUCCUGGCGCAAGCCGGGGUUGAUCCUCUUGACGUGAGCUACGUGGAGAUGCACGGGACGGGCACGCAGGCUGGCGACGCGCAGGAAAUCCAGUCCGUCACCGACGUGUUUGCACCCCUGACCGGGGCUCGACGACAGAGUCCCAAGCCGCCGCUGCAUAUCGGUGCCGUCAAGUCCAACGUUGGGCACGGCGAGGCCGUGGCGGGCACAACGGCGCUGCUCAAGGUGCUCCUCAUGUUUGACAAGCAGGCCAUCCCGCCGCACGUGGGCAUCAAGACGGCCAUCAACCCCGGGUUUCCCAAGGAUCUUGACAAGCGAAGGCUGUAUAUUCCGUACGAAAAGACGCCCUGGCCUCGGGUUGCAGGCAAGAAACGCAUUGCGGUUGUGAACAACUUCAGUGCUGCUGGUGGAAAUACAAGUUUGGUGAUCGAGGAGCCUCCGGAGCGGACGGCUACUACUACUACUAUUACUAACAGCGAUGCUGUGAUGGCUGACCCUCGCUCAACUCAUACCAUCGCCGUGUCAGCCAAGAGCAAGGUGUCGCUGAAAGGCAACCUCGAACGCCUGAUUGCGUACCUCGAGGCCAACCCUGACGUCUCGCUGCCAGACCUCGCGUACACGACCACCGCCCGGCGCCACCACCACAACCACCGCGUUGCCGUGGCCACAUCCGAUGUGUCCCACCUCAAGAAGCAGCUAAGAACCUUCCUCGAGACCGCCGACAGCCACAAGCCCAUCCCGCCUCAGGGGCCUCCAUCCGUCAUUUUCGCCUUCACAGGCCAGGGAGCAUCCCACCGGUCCAUGGACCUCGCCCUCUUCCGCGACCUACCCCCCUUCCGGUCCAAGCUCCUACAUCUCGACUCGCUCUGUCAGGCGCAGGGGUUCCCGUCCAUCAUCCCGGCCAUCGACGGCAGUUUCCCCAGGGACCACGCACACUCGCCGACCGUGACACAGCUCGCCCUUGUUUGCGUCGAGAUGGCGCUGGCUUGGUAUUGGGAAUCCCUAGGCGUGAGGCCAGACGUGGUCAUUGGCCACAGUCUGGGCGAGUAUGCCGCGCUGCAUGUGGCUGGGGUUUUGUCGGCUGCGGACGCCAUUUUGCUUGUGGGCCGGCGGGCGCGCAUGCUCGAGAGGAAGUGCCAGGCUGGUAGUCACAGGAUGCUGGCGGUAAGGGCUUCGCUCGGUCAUGUCCAUGCCCAUGCGAACGGCAAGCCGUUCGAGGUUGCGUGCAUCAACGGGCCGCAGGACACGGUGCUCAGCGGCACUGUUGACGAGAUCAACGCCCUGGCGGUUGAGUUGGAAGGGGCUGGGUUUAAGUGCUUUCCCCUGGACGUGGCGUUUGCUUUCCACUCGGCACAGACGGAUCCCAUUCUCGACGAGCUGGAAGAUACGGCUCAGCGGGAAGUCUUGUUCCAGCCGCUUCGCCUGCCCCUCGUCUCGCCUCUGCUAGGUAAGGUUGUUUUCGACAACAAGACGCUCAACGCCAACUAUGUCCGGCGGGCGACGAGGGAGACUGUUGACUUCUUAGCCGCUGUCGAGGCCGCACGUGCUCUCUCGACGGUAGACGAAUCCAUGGCGUGGAUCGAGAUCGGCCCGCAUCCCGUGUGCAUGGGCUUUGCACGGUCCAUCAUGCCCUCGCUCUCUACGGCAGUGCCCUCGUUGCGCCGUGGCGAGGACGACUGGCGGACACUGGUGGCCAGUCUGGGCGCGGUGCACUCGGCCGGCAUCCAGGUGAGCUGGGACGAGUUCCACCGUCCCUUCGAGCGCGGCUGCGGCCUGCGGCUGCUGGACCUGCCCACGUACGCCUGGAACGACAAGACGCACUGGAUCCAGUAUAAGGGUGAUUGGGCGCUUACCAAGGGCAAUACCUUCUACGACGCUGAGAAGAAGGCUGCGGUGGCACCGGUGACAGCGGUGGGAAUCAAUCCCCUGGCUGUGCCUCAAUCCAGCCUGCGAACCUCUCUGAUUCACCGCGUGGUCGGGGAGACUUUCUCCGGCCCAGCGGGGCGGGUUGUAGUGCAGUCGGAUCUGAUGCAACCGGACUUCCUGGCCGCCGUCCGCGGUCAUGAGAUGAAUGGAGCGGGUGUGGCGACGUCGUCUAUCCACGCAGACGUUGCCUUCACCCUUGGCAAGUACCUCUUCUACAAGCUAAGACCAGAGGAGAAGAAGAAGUGCAUCGUCCGGGAUAUGAGCAUCGAGAAUCUCGUCGUGCGUGAGGGCUUAGUCGCGCAGAAGAACACCAACGUGCCCCAGCUGAUCCAGAUCUCCAUCACGACGGACGACAUUGGCUCCGGCAUCGCCCAGCUUGCGUGGCACAACGUCACGCAGGACGGUUGCUCGCUAGCCGACGACGAACCCUUCGCAACAGCCCAGAUAAUCUACGGCAGCGCCGACGCCUGGCUAUCAAGCUGGGUGCCCAUGCAGCACCUCGUUCACGGUCGCAUCGAGACCCUAUCUCAACUCGCCGACCAGGGCCGCGCAAACCGCUUCUCGCACAACAUGGCAUACCUCCUAUUCGCCAACAACCUGGUCAACUACGCCGACAAGUACCGCGGCAUGCAGUCGGUGGUGCUAGACGGGCUUGAGGGCUACGCCGAGGUGACGCUCAAGUCCGAGCCGGGUGACGGCGUGUGGACGGUGCCGCCCUUCUUUAUCGACAGCGUCUUCCACCUCGCGGGCUUCGUCAUGAACGUGUCAGACGCCGUCGACACCCGGGCCAACUUCUGCGUCACGCCCGGCUGGGGCUCGCUGCGCCUCGCCCGCCCGCUUAUCCCCGGCGGCCGGUACCGCUCGUACGUGAAAAUGAUACCCACGGCUGAGGACCCGAGCGUUUAUCUCGGAGACGUCUACGUGCUGCAGGAGGAUGAAAUUGUGGGCGUCAUGCACGCCAUCAAGUUCCGCCGCUACCCGCGCGUGCUGCUCAACCGCUUCUUUUCCCCGGCCGAUGUCAAGAACAGCUCCAAGUCACGCCACGGCCACGCGCCAGCUACGGCGCAUGUUCCUGCGACUGCCGCAGCUCUCAGGCCAAAGCAUACCCCUGAGUCGCCGGUAGUAGUAUCAAAUGUGCCCUCCUCGACACCUGCUCAGCCACCAGCACAGGCAGCUUCUGCGCCGCAGUCCAAGCCCAAGGCCGUCGAGGUCAAAGAACUCGCCUCCUCCGAGACUGCCAACAGCACCGCAGCCAAGGCCCUGGCGCUCGUGGCAGCCGAGGCGGCGCUCGAGCUGUCCGAUCUCCACGACGACGCCAGCUUUGCCAGCAUCGGCGUUGACAGCCUAAUGAGCCUGGUCAUUGCUGAGAAGCUGCGCGAGCAGCUGAAUAUUACCGUUAGCGGUAGUCUGUUCUUGGAGUAUCCGACGGUCGGAGAUCUACGGGCGUGGCUGGUGGAGUACUAUAAUUAA